AUGGAGCCUUUUGCCUCCUUGCGCCAGGAGUGCAAUGACGCGAGGAUCUCAGCGUCUAUGUCCUGGUGUAGGGAGCCGUCCAAAAAUAAGAUGAAUCUUGCACUUGCAUAUAAUUUACAGAAAAAUAGAGUUAAAUCAGGGGUGGCGCCGGGGGAGGCGGUGCAGCGGGAUCGUUUCGCCGUUUCGGCGGGUUUCGGGGCGUUUUUGUCGAGUCGC